AUGGCGGCCAAAACGCAUUGUACCGCAUGCAGCUGGUCUGUCGAACGUCAAGAUGCAUGUCGGUACCACAGUCAUGUGAAACUCUUUUACGGCGUCAGCGAUCGGGGGGCCUGGUCAGUGGGCUCGAAGUUGAUUGUCAAGGAGCGAUCUACCAGCCCUCCGAACUUUGAGGCCAGAAACAUCCGGUUCUUGAGAGCAAAUACUACCAUUCCGCUUCCGCCUAUCCUGAAAGAGUGGAGCGAGGAUGGGCGAUACUUCAUGGUGAACGAACGUGUUCAGGGCGAGCCAUUGAGUGUCGCAUGGCCAAACCUAACCGACGUCGAGAGGCACCGCGUCGCAAAACAAACCGCCAACUACUUGACCGAACUCCGGCAGCUUCACUCCCCUCUGAUCCAGAGCCUGAGCGGAGAACCGGUCUAUUCAGCAUUCCUGUUUCCGGUCGGUUAUGGCGUACCACACGGUCCGCUCUGUUCAGACGACGAACUCUGGGAUGAGUUGAACAAGGCAUUGGAAAGAGUUCCCGAGAGAGCUCGUCAACGACUCCAAGAGCGGAUGCCAUCAUCAACGCCUUAUACAUUUACACAUGGGGAUUUGACGAGUGUGAACAUCAUGGUCGAAAACGGCAACCUUACCGGCAUCCUCGACUGGGAGGCGAGCGGCUAUUUUCCAGUUUGGUGGGAGUUUGCCUGUGCUGGUAUUGGCCUCGGGGAAGAAGACAAGCAAUGGAAGACACUCCUACAAGGGUACAUGUCUGGCUUCAUGGAAGCACGCGAGUUCUGGCUCGACUUUCACUCAUUGUCGAACUACCCGAAAUUGGAUGUACGCGCAACGCAAUUUCUCCGGACCCUGGAGGCUUCUUAGUAGUUGUGAUCGUACUGAACUGGACAAUCAUUUCUUCUAAUAAAAAAGGGAUACCUUGG